AUGGGUGGAAAAAGUUCUAAAGCAGUAGUAAUGGAUGGAGAUCUUGCCAUGCGAGAUGCAAUCAAUAAUGUUCUUCCUGAUGCGACCCAUCAGUUAUGCGGAUGGCAUCUGCAGAGAAAUGCAUGUGAAAAUAUAAAGAAUCCGAAUUUCCUGCGCGAUUUUAAGGGUCUUAUAUACGACAACAACGACCACGGAGACUUUGAUCGGAGAUGGGCAGCAAUUUUGGAUAAAUACAACCUUGUUGGGAGUACUUGGAUGGAAAAGACAUACGAAACUCGUGCGAUGUGGUCCCAUUGUUUCCUCCGGGAUAAGUUUUUCGGCUACAUAAGGACGACGUCACAGUGCGAAUGUAUAAAUUCUCUCAUCAGGUUUUAUGUUAAUCGCAAGAACACCCUUAUUGACUUCAUGCACAACCUGGAUAGGGCCUUAAAGAAGUAUAGAAACAACGAAUUAAUAGCUGAAUUUAAAUCUCAGUGCUCAGAGCCAGUGAUGAUUACCUCGUUGGAAGUAUAUGAAAGUUCUACCUUAUGUUAUUUCACUCGAAACAUUUUUAAGGAAAUUCGUAAUGAGAUUCAGAGGGCAAGGGCUUUGAACAUCAAGGUACUAAGCACAACCUUGGACAAGAUAGAGUUCAGUGUGACUGCUCUCGGAGACCCGGCCAAAGAUCGACGGGUGGAAGUCGAUAGAAGUAAGAAUCUGUUCUCGUGCUCGUGCAAGCUGUUUGAAUCACGUGGUAUUCCCUGUAGUCAUGUUUUCUGUGCCAUGAAGUUCGAAAACAUACUUGAAUUUCCAGAUUCGUUGAUCUAUAAAAGGUGGACAAAGAAUGCAAAGAACAAAUUUAUUAGCACAGAAAUACCCGUGAAUAAUGACGUCGAAAGGGUGUUAAAGUUUCGAGUUGGUGUAUUAGCAUCGAAUUACAACAAGCUGUGUGAUAUUGCUUGCAAGGAUCUUGCAGACUUUUAUGAAGUCCAGUCUGAACUUGUGAAGUUAGUUAUCUACUUGCAGUCACGCAAACAAGGCAAGUCAACUCCUAAUGUUAACGUGGAAGGCAUCAACGAUCCCUUUGUUGUCAAAAGCAAAGGUGUCCCUUCGAAGAGGUCUUCUUGGAGGAAGAAGAGAGCAUGCUCUAAUUGCCACAAGUACGGUCAUUACUACAAGCGCUGUCCAGAUCUAACGCAGCAUAGUGUGCAAGGUAACCCUUGCGAUCGAUCAGAGACCAAUGCAUCAGCCAAGGACUCAGGUUUUAGUCCAGAAAGGUUUCCUUAA